AUGGGCUUGCGUGGCGCCGCCCUCCUCACCUCCGCCGCCGGGUUCAUCGCCUUCGCCUGGAGUCUCAAGGAACACGAACGAGAAAAUGUCUUUGAUGACGGCGCCGGCAGUAUCAGCGCCAUCGUCCUGGGAACGACUGCAUACGCCUGUCUCUGGUCUCUAGUCCUCCUGACAGUCCGUCUUCUCAUGACAGGAUGGAUUCACCCAGGCGUAUACAUCGCGUUCGAUAUGAUUGCAUUCCUGGCCAACACCAUCGGCGCGAGCAUGAGCCUUGCGGUCCUGGCGCCGGUCAUGAGCGGAGAAUAUAACUGCCGUCGACGAGGGUGUCGGGGGGAUCUGCUCAUGCGGGUUGAGGUAUUUGGGUUCGUGGUUGUUUAUAUCAAUGUGGUGGUUUAUCUGAUCUUGACGGCUUGGGCUUGCUGGGCUUGUCACUGCGAGCGGAGGAAGGCUGUUAAGUAA